AUGGUUAAAUACAAACCCGAAGGUGCUGAAGUAGAUUCACCAGCUUCGCAGGGUUUUACAAUGUUCAAUUUCAAUCCUGAUUACCCAGCAUUAACAAAAAACGAUUGUUGGUAUAGAAAAAAUCCAAUGGCCGAUAUAGGCCCAUUCCCUUCCACAUGGUUAAAUUGGUCUCAAAGUGAUUUUGAAAUUCAACCGUGGUUUCCAUUAUCAUCGGAUCUCAUCAAUAAAGGUGAAGAAUGGAUACCAGAAAUUCAACAAAAUGCAAUGAAAUACGAUUCACCAGAAAUAUGUGACUUAAAACAAUCUCAUCUUGGCAAAGUUCCAUGUUUAAGUUACUUUGAAACACAAGAUAAACCUGUUAAAACCAUUCGAGCACGUGCUGCUCAUGGUGAUUAUGAUAGUGAUGAUACAGUUUAUCUAUCAUUUACCAAUGGCAUUCCAUCUGAGGCUGAACAUUUGUUCAAUUUACCUGAUAAAUGGCCUUCAUAUUGUGGCAAUGCAAACACGGGUUUUGACAUACAACCCUUGCAUGGAUUUGUAGUAACUCCAGAUGGUCAAGAUCAUUUUACAUUAAAAUUACAAACACCACCAGUUCAUUCACUUGGUGACCAAGUCAAAGUUGAGUUUAAAGUGCAACCAAAUUGGUAUUACAAUGGCACACGAUGUGCUCAAUUUAAUACAAUUGUUUUUGAUCGAGAAAAUUGGCAAAUACCACAACAAGUUGAUAUGUCGUUUCUUGAUUAUGGUUGUUGCAUGUACGAAAUUACUGCAAACGCUGGUGGGUACGAUUGGCAAUAUAUAGUAUCAACAUUUGUUGUUUAUGCUUGUGAUGGACAAGCCGGAUAUGGCUGCAAAGGCAAAGAACCGUGUGGGGCUUGA